ACAGUGACGGUGGAGGAGGAGAAGCUCAGACAUGGCCGCGGCGGUGAGGAGUGCAUCAGCCGCAGAGAGAGCGGCCCUGAGCGGCUCUACACCUGCGGCUGAUGGAGGGUCAGAAGUGAAAUGCUUCAAGCCUGUGUUCAGGGUGGAAGCCAGGAAGAGGGUGCUCGCGGGGAAGAAAAGCAAGGAGAGCAAAAAGGAGAGCUCACACACUCCGUCAGGAUCAGCUGAGGCUAGAGGUGACCACACAAGAGACGUGACUGAACCCACGUGUUCAGCAAAUGAAGAGAGCAGCCUGGUCAAAAGAGGUGAAAAUGAAGAUCUCAAAACAUCUAAACAAGGGGGCCGAACCGGAAAGGGUUUGAGCUCCAAACACAGCCAAGCGAGUGGAGUAGAGACCGGGAGCAACAGAUACGGUUUGAGAAAGAGGGAGAGAAGCAGUUACACUGAGGAAACGGAUCUUCCUGACCAUGAUUACCUGUUGGAUAAUUCUGGGUCUCACCCUCGCCCUCAUUGUAACAUUAUGUUUUCUCGUGCCGAGUUCCAGCAGAGAAACAGCAGAAGACAUCCCGAGCUCCGUCAAGACACAUCAACACAAUCUGCUUGUAACAUAAAUGUUUCUUCACAACAGAGAGAGUGUCCGGCAUCUAUGACAUAUUCUGUUACAGAAAAGGGGUUUACGCAUAUGCAGAAUCGCCAGCGAUCACUCCCAGGAGAGAGACUGUAUAAAUGUGACGAUUGUGGAAAGAGUUUCACAACACCAAGCAACCUUCACAUUCACCAUCGAUGUCACACAGGAGAGAAACCAUAUAAAUGUGCUGAAUGUGGAAAGAGUUUCACACAGUCAGGGGCCUUCCUGAGACACCAGCGAUCACACACAGGAGAGAGACCGUAUGAAUGUACUGAAUGUGAGAAAAAUUUCACAACGUCAGGGGAGCUCAAGGUUCACUAUCGAUCACACACAGGAGAGAGACCGUAUAAAUGUGCUGAAUGUGGCCAGAGUUUCACACAGUCAGGGGACCUCCAGGUACACCAUCGAUUACACACAGGAGAGAGACCGUAUGAAUGUGUCGUAUGUCAAAUCAGUUUCAAAACGUCAGGGCACCUCAAGGUACACCAGCGAUCACACACAGGAGAGAAACUGUAUACAUGUGCUGAAUGUGGGCAGAGUUUCACACACUCAGGGGCCCUACAAAGUCACCAGCGAUUACACACAGGAGAGAGACCAUAUAAAUGUGUUCAAUGUGGAAAAAGUUUUGCACAGUCAGGGAACCUCAAGUUACACCAUCGAUCACAUACAGGAGAGAGACCGUAUAAAUGUGCUGAAUGUGGGCAGCGUUUCACAACGUCAGGGCAUCUCCAGCGACACCAGCGAUCACACACAGGAGAGAGACCGUAUAAAUGUGUUGAAUGUGGAAAGAGUUUCAUUACAUCAGGGGACCUGAAGGUACACCAGCGAUCACACACAGGAGAGAGACCGUAUAAAUGUGCUGAAUGUGGAAAGGGUUUCACACGGUCAGGAAACCUCAAAGUACACCAGCGAUCACACACAGGAGAGAGACUGUAUAAAUGUGCCGAAUGUGGAAAAAGUUUCACUACAAAACAUUGUCUUCAAACACACCAUCGAUGGCACACAGUAGAGACUGUAUAAAUGUGUGAAGAGAUUUGCUGGUUCUUAGCAGAAGAAAGAACACCAAAUGCUCUGAAAGAUGCCAUUAUCUUGGGAAAGCUUUCCUGAAGCUGGCACUUUUCAAGGCCCAUAUAAGAAGCUGCUUUGAGAUGAAGUACUCACAAACAUGUGGCUGUUAUGCACAUGUGAGGCUGUCACCAGGGUAUGUGCUUACUGGAAAGUAUAACAGAAUUGCACAGUGAGUCCCUACUGACAUGCGUCGUAGCCUCCACUGUUACAGCUCACAUCAUAGGUUAAAAGGCACCUUCUCCCCUGGUUUAUUAUCAGCAGAAUAGGCUGUGUUUACUGGUUCAUUACUAACAGAAUGAGGUUUAUAAUGGUUUAUUAUCUACCAGUUUGGAGUGUAUUUGCUGGUUUAUAUUGGUGUUCAUAACAGUUUAUUAUCAGCAGAAUGUUCUGUGUGUAUUGUUUUAUUGCCAGCAGAUUGUUGUGUUUUUACUGGUCAAUACUAGCAGAAUGUACUCUAAUUGAGAUUUCACCAUUAUUGUGGAUUAAUAAAGAAAGUAGUUAGAUGGAAA